AUGUUCAAUUUUAUAUUUUAUAUCAUAAGCAACGUUCUGCUUUCAUGGGUUCCCCUCAUCUUAACUAUUGAAACUAUACAAUCCUCCAAAGAUAUGUCUGGUCCCAAUACUGAUUCCUUACAACAGGCUAAACACCUAUUUUAUAAAACAUUAUUGCAAUUUUGGAUAUUAUCAGCUUUAUUUUUCAACCUUAUCCCAUAUUCUCCAAUUCGUCUGUUAUAUAGCACAGUACCAUUUUCCUCAUUCAUUUCUACAGCCUUUUUCUUAGUGUUGACCUUGGAAUUAAUUUCCAAAUUUCAUGAGUACAUGGCUUUUACCAAAUCCACGGAGGUUUACCACUUACCAUCGCAGUUUGUAAACAGAAAAUUUGCAAGGUUUAAAUUGUUAAUGUCAAUUCUAUUUGGACAAUACAAUUCGUUCGUUCCAAAAAAAAGGGAAGUUACUUUUCAUUUUGGUAAUAUCACAGAAUUCUUCAUUACAAUCCCGGAAUUUUAUUCCUUACCUAAAACAAGUUACAUCAAUGAAAGUUUUGUAAUUUUAACAGAUUAUGCUUCAAAAAUAAUCCAAACAAUGUUUUCCUAUUUUUCAAAUGAUAACAAAACCUUGAAGAAAGAAAAAGUAAAGGGUAACUAUAAAUAUUUUGAAACUAUUCCCUUAAACACCUCUAAUGCCAGAGAAGACUAUGAUCUCUUGGAUGAUAUCAUUUCAGAAACUAAGAAAUGGUUGUAA